UAAAGAUCAACUGCAAAAGAUACAGAGCCAUCCACCACUUGUGCUUCUCUCAGGAUUACAAGUACCUCUCUCAAUCUCUCUCAGAUCUUCUGCUCCUGCUGCAAUUUGUAUGGCAGCCAAUUUCAAGAACACUGGCAUCUUGGGGAAGCGAGUAGUCAACCAGAUCUGGACUCCCAACUCCACUCGCUCUUUCUCUGUUUCCAAUACUCCGUCUCUCAGGGGUGCUCACACAUCGGUGUACGACAAGAACCUGGAUGAUGAGUUGCAACCGAAUGUGGUGCCGGAUGAUGUGAUCAAGCCCCAGUCCGACAAGUACUGGGCUCCACACCCACGAACCGGUGUCUUUGGGCCUGCCACUGAGCAGCACCUCUCUGAGAUCAGCGGGGACAGUGCCUCUGUGGGAGACGGUGGUCAGGACCCAGUGUUGGAGGAGAAGGCGUGGUUCCGCCCCACCAGCCUUGAGGACCUGGAGAAGCCACACCGUCUUAAUUGACAGAUAAUCUAUCCAAAGCAGAGGAGCGUGCCCUCCUCAGUGUGAAUUAUUACAAACGUAAUCUUCAUGGUAUGUGCUGAUGUGCUGUAAUUAUAACUGGAGUGGAACUAGCUGGUCAAAUGCAGACCUAGACAUACCUAGUAGUUGUGAUUUGAGUAACGUCUGUAUGCUUGUUGGCUACGUGUCUCCCUACGUUCUGUUCUAUAAUUGCGUGGUUAUUCUCCAUAAUAAUAAUAACAACAAUAAUUUAAAAACUAA